GACCUGGGCUCCAUCUCCACCGCUGUCCCAAAAUCUAUGGCCAAUUCCCUCUGGGACACCAGGGCCAUCUCCUAUGCAGGAUGUGUUGCCCAGGUCUUUCUGUUUGUCUUUUUCAUUUCAGCAGAGUUUUAUCUUCUCACUGUCAUGUCCUAUGACCGCUACGUUGCCAUCUGCAAACCCCUGCACUACGGGACCCUCCUGGGCAGCAGAGCUUGUGUCCACAUGGCAGCAGCUGCCUGGGGCAGUGGGUUUCUCCAUGCUCUCCUGCACACGGCCAAUACAUUUUCCCUACCCCUCUGCCAGGGCAAUGCCCUGGACCAGUUCUUCUGUGAAAUCCCCCAGAUCCUCAAGCUCUCCUGCACAGACUACUACUUCAGGGAAGCUGGGCUUCUUGUGGUUAGUGUCUGUUUAGGCUUUGAAUGUUUUAUUUUCAUUGUGCUGUCCUAUGUGCAGAUCUUCAGGGCUGUGCUGAGGAUCCCCUCUGAGCAGGGACGGCACAAAGCCUUUUCCACGUGCCUCCCUCAUCUGUCUGUCAUCUCCCUGUUUCUCAGCAGUGUCAUGUUUGCCUACCUGAAGCCCCCCUCCAUCUCCUCCCCUGCUCUAGACCUGGUGGUGGCAGUCCUGUACUCAGUGGUGCCUCCAUGGUAG